AUGGAAGAACGCUCUCGUGUACCUGUUGGCCUCCCAGUGCCUGACCCAAUAUCGUCUUACUGGCAUGAUCCGAAAUCUCCACUCGCAGACGUCAAUCAUGGCGAAGAUGAAUGUCAUGAGCCCUAUGACCACAUAGUCAUAGGUUCGGGUAUAUCAGGCACCAUGAUCGCCUACAACCUGCUCAAAGUCCGAAAGAAUGCACGCAUCAUGAUGUUGGAAGCGCGCGAGAUAUGCAGCGGAGCCACGGGCCGCAAUGGAGGUCAUACAAAAGCAGCAAGCUAUAGGUCCUAUACACAGCAUACUGAAGAGCUUGGAAAAGAAGAGGCGUUGAGCAUUGCACGACUAGAAUACGACAACAUCAUCGAAACACAUCGAAUAGCGAACGAACUUCAAAUCGACUGCGAGAAUAAGUUGUGUAAGACUGUCGACAUCAUCUACGAUAAACCCACCUUUGAGUCAGGAAAACUCGCAAUCUAUGCAUUGCGCGCCGAUGCAAACGAAGAUGAGUUAAGGGAAGGACGUAUGGCGUGGUACAACAUCCGGGAGAAUGUGGAGACAGUGAGCGAGCACUUCAAGGUCAACGCUGUCAACGAAAAUCGUGUCGUUGAAGACGAGGAGACAGUGGCUGGGGCAUUCGAGUAUAUCGCUGGCAGAGUGCAUGCGUACCGCUUUACUACUGGCGUGCUGGCUGAGUGCGUCAAGAAAGGCCUCCAGAUCUGCACACACACGCCCGUCCACAAGAUCGCCCUUUCAAGAUCCCAUAGCGACUUUGUAUGGGAGGUGAUCACACCGCAUAAGUCGUUCAACGCGCGAAAUCUGAUUUUGGCCACAAACGGUUACACACCCUACCUUGAACAUACGCUUCAAGGUGCAAUCGUCCCAAUGCGAGGGCAGAUCACAGCUCAGAGACCCGGGACAACAUCGAAACUGCCAUCACCACUACCAACGACUUUCUCUUUCAUCUACAAGAAUGGGUAUGAAUACAUGAUCCCGCGACCUCUUCCGGAUGGUGGCCAGCACAUCGUCAUUGGUGGUGGCCUUGGCCGAUUGCAGGAUGCAGGAGCCAGUGAAUUUGGUACUGUUGAUGACAGCUUGCUCAAUUCGAACAUCUCGAAGUACCUACAUGAGAGUCUGGUUGGUUACUUUGGUUCAACUAACUGGGGCGAGACCAGUGAAGUAGAGGUCUCGAAACGGGUGGUUCAGGAGUGGUCUGGGAUCAUGGGUGCGACGGCAGACGGGAGACCUUUCGUGGGGAAAGUGCCGGGAAAUAUGGAUUAUCGACUUGAUCCUUAUGAUGCCGAGACGUCCACAAUAUCAGUCCCCCACAAGAACCUUUGGAUAUCAGCAGGCUUCAACGGACAUGGCAUGGUAUUGUGCUUGAAGUCGGCGGAGGCUCUUGUCAAAAUGAUAGAGAAUCAUGGCAGCACAGACGGUCUAGACUGGUUUCCGAAGAGUUUCCUCAUCAGCAAAGAGAGACUUGAGAGGUGUCAGUUCAAAGGAAGGACUGAUCUGCUGCCCCAAGACUAA